UUUGUGCAGACUCGCAGUUGCGUUGCUCCUCUAAUUUUCAUCAACACUAGCUUCCCGUCUCAAUUUUUUGGCGUUUUUACGGUUGUGUAUGGCAUCCCAGAAACGCGUACACACUACAGCAGCCUCAAGACUGCGGCAAGAUUAUCUACGUAUCCUGAAAGAUCCUGUACCUUACAUCACAGCGCUGCCAUUGUCAUCAAAUAUCUUGGAAUGGCAUUAUGUGGUCAGAGGGCCAGAAAAUACACCGUACGCAGGUGGUUACUAUCAUGGCAAGCUAGUUUUUCCAAAAGAUUUCCCUUUUAAACCACCAAGGAUAUUUAUGAUUACACCAAAUGGACGAUUCAAAGUGAACACAAGAUUAUGUUUGUCAAUAAGUGACUUUCACCCUGACACAUGGAAUCCAGCUUGGUCAGUCUCAACCAUUCUGACUGGCUUACUAAGUUUCAUGGUGGAAACAUCGCCAACCCUCGGCAGCAUAGAAACAUCGGAAUUCCAGAAAAGGCAGCUUGCUUUAAGAAGUGGACCAUUUAACUUACAAGACAAAAUAUUUUGUGAACUUUUCACCGAUAUGGUAGAGGAAAUCCAAGAAAAAAUGAGAGAAAGAGGAGAGAUGAGGGAGGGACAUGAAACUGCAUCACAGAACAAUAGUAACAGAGAGGGAGAGGUGACUGGGGCUACACGGGAAGGACAAAAUGGCCUCAUCAGUAGUACCCUGGUGAACAUUUGUGUUAUCAUUGGCUUUGCUGCCUUUGCGUAUACAGUCAAAUGUGUCAUAAAGGCUGUUGACAAUAGCUAGAAUUUGCAAGAAAUCAGAAAUUAAUCACGCAAGGUUUGGCCAAUUUCCAGUAUUAUGAUGCCUUUCAAAUAAUAUUAGUCUCUAGAGAAGGAUUAGGCUCGAAGUGUUUUUCCCCUCAUCAAGUAAGUUCUCAAACAAGCUGUAAAGAAAUGGUUCUGCUGAAAAUCACUCCAACAAUAGAUGUGCUGUAUCUUUGUAAGAAGCAGUAGGAGUUUUAUAGAUAUUUGGCUAUCCUUUAGAAAUCUAAAAGCAGAAAUCUCUAGUAUCACGUCUUUAACCCUUUAACUUCCAGAAGUGAUUAACGUAAAUCUUCUCCCUACAAUAUCCAUACAUUAUUCAGCAAACAGGUAAUGAGAAUAUUCAAACUCAUCAGGUAGAAGCGGCUAUCUUGAUCUAGCACCAAGUUCUCAUAACUAAUUUACAAAGAAAUUUGUAGCAGCUAGAGGGGAGAAUUAACAAUUAGAUCUUGAGAGUUAAAGGGUUGAAGAAGGACUCUGGGAAGUGAUUGAAGAAAACUGACUGACUUGAAUUUUUUAGCCUUAAUUUUAUUAGUAAUGUCUCUGUAGUUAAUCUUCUCAUCACAUUUAAUCUUUGCUUGUAUUGAGUUUGAUCAAAUUUUUGUAGUAAUCUGUUAAAAUAAUUAUUUCAAAUUAUUUUCAAAUUAAUCAAGGAUGUCAUUGAAAGAUAAAGAAUCUCUAGAAAAAUUGUUAUAGGUAUAUUUUUGGUCGAGUGUCUGUUGAUUCGCCAGUUUUGCUUUGUAUUUGAAGUUUGAUUUAAGUUCUCUUGAAACUGUUUCACAGCUGAAGUCUGAAAAGAUCAGGGAGGGGCCUCCUUUCAAAGCUGUGUUUCUUUUUAAAAAUUAUUCAAGGUAUUCAAAAAAAAACUGAUUAACCUUCGUGUCAUCACCAGUAUGAUAACUAGCGAAGUGUGUUCUUUUGCUGAUAGUGUUGUUGCUUACACGUUUACCGUCAGAUUAUGAGGAAGAAAUAAACUUUUUCCAGCCAAUCUUGGGAAAUUAUCGAUUGUUAAUGAUUUUUUCCCUCAAAGAAACGUGUUGCACUUGUACAGUUUUCAAAUUAUUUUGUUAUUAUGUUUGACAAGACGUAACUCGGCCAUUUAACAUUUUACUGGAAAAGAAAUUUCGGAGAGAGAAGGCUAAUUUCUGGGAAUAGGAAAUUGCAAUCAAAGUUUAUUGUUAUUUGCGGACGUUUAACGUCUGAGUGUCACCCAAAAUCUUACUUUAUCGCAGCAAUUGUUAGCUCAUGUCAUGUAGGUUGUAACGCACUUCGUCACCAAGCGUCGCUCUGUUAUGCGGCAGGUGUGGCGUGACGUAAGGUUUGGGUUUUGGUCGUGAGAACUUACUCGGCUUUCCAACCUCACCUGCCAAUAAGAGAAUAGAUUUUCGUUCACGAAAGUAAUACGCACGUGUCUGACUGGUGACCAGUUUGAUAUUUUCACCUUCUGUUGUUUUGUUAACACCGGCGAACCAAUUGAAAAUGAACAAACUGAUCCAAACCUUCAUCUUGGUAGUAAACUGAGUAACUUUCAACGAUUUGUAUGUAUUGUAUACUGGAAGUCUUAAAUAGAAAAAACAGUGUAUUAAAAAUGUAAGUAAUGGAGGUAAUAAUAAAUAUGAUAGACAA